CUCAUUGCACAUGCUACAAGCCGGCCAUCCCACUGGUUGUUGGUGAACGACGUCAGACGAUGCUUCACCUUCACCUAUAAACCUCCAGCUCCGUAGCCCGGCCCACCUGCUCCGUCAACUUACACUGUACGGUACCACAGGAGCUGCCGCGCGAUCUCCCAUUCCCUUGGAUCCUCUUACCAUGCACCUGGUCGACGGAAAGAACUGACCCCUCAUCCUGCGACGAUCCGCCUUGACUUUGUUGACCAGGCUCUCCAAGGAUUCUCAUUCCUUAGCCACUGGCAUCACGCUUCUCUCGCCAACCGUCCGCCAUGGCUCUGGGUAUCUCCACUCUCACCGAGGCAUGGAGGUCCUACACCCCGCUCGAACGGCGAAAUAUCGCCAUCUACAUUGCCGCCAUCAUGCUGUACAAGUUCGGUCUGGAGGCCUUCAACGGAUCCAUUGUAGCACUUGCCACGAACCGGUACGACGAGCUGGCCCGGAACACAAACACCCCUUCCAGGACCUUCGAGCGCGUCGGCCUUCUCACCGGAUUAAACCAGGCAUUCCAAUGUGUGGGCUCCAUCCUCAUCGCCCCCUUGGUCAAACGGUAUCCCACCAAAAACGUCCUGUCCAUCGCCAUCUUCGUCUUCGGCAUCUUCAGCGCACUUCUUCUCAUCAUCGACGCUGCUACCGGCGGUACCUUCAUCCCGCCCCACUUCAGAGACAGCCAUCCCGAGAAUGACUUCAGUUACUAUGGCAAAUACAAUACCGACGGCAUGAUACCCAUCUACUGUGUCUGCGGUGUCGUGUACGGCAUGGUGGAGCUCAUCCGCCGUGUCAUUCCGCGCGACAUCGUAGGAGGCAACGUACAAAAGCUGCGGCGCAUGGACGCCCUGGUUCAUAUCUUCUACGAGGUGUCUGGAACCGCAGGCGCCUUCGUUACAGCACUCGUGCUCAUCCCACGCUUUGGCAACAACUUUUCUUUCAUUAUCACCCCAAUCAUGUUCACCCUGGCGUCUAUAACUUGGUUCUUCAUCGAGGAGCCUGGUUUCCAGAAGGAGGCCACGGUGCUAUGGGAGCAGCCCUCCUAUCUCAAAGCCGUCCUUGGCGGCUUCUGGCUUUUCUUUGAGUCGGUGUACACGGGCGCCUACAUCAUCUUCACGAAACGCAAAUUCAUGUGGCUUUUGCCCGGCUACGCGAUUGCGCUAUAUGGGCAUCGCUAUCUUGAAAACGGGCUUGCUCCAGCCAUUGCCCGCCGCUAUCUGGGCAACUCAGCUUGGUCGCAGAUCAUUGUCGGCGGAUCUAAUCUUGGCGAGUUGUUUGGUGCCGCCUUCGUCUUCCUGUUCACCAACCUUAUCACGACCCCGAUGCCCUGGUUGCGCAUUGACUCUCUGAUGCUACUGAUUCUGUGGUAUCUGCCACAUUGGUACCCUCAAUCUGGCGACGUCAAACAGGCAUGGAUUGUUGGUGCCACGUUUUUGCCCAUUUCGUUCGGUUGGGCUGCUGGCGACGUCUCUCUUGCUGCCUACAUUCAGGCGUCUCUGGCCCGCAUCGAAUCGACGACAAGGAACGUGUCGGCGUUAGGCGCCGUGAUGGCCUUUCUGUACUGCACGUACAUUGUCACAUAUGCAAUUGCGUCGCCCGUGUUGGGAAGCUAUAUCGACCACAUUUCCAAUAACAAUGAGGGGAACAUACACACGGCCAUUCUGAACGUCGGGGCUGUGCAGUUCACCAUUAUAAGCAUCCUCGUGAUGACGGCGACCUUUGUGCCCAAGGGCGCCUUCUCGCUGAAUCCGAAGAUUCUCAGCGACGAGAGUCUGGAUUACGAUAUUGAUGAGGAGGGUGAAAACUACUAUCCUGGAAUUGAUGGGAGCGUGAAGGAGCAUGAGAUGACGACCAAGUCGAGCUCAGACUGGAACCAGCGACGCACAUCGCAGUAGAUGAUGCGUAGGGGCCGCUGUCUCUGCGGAAAAUUGUAUAUUUUAACGAUAAUGUGUACUCGGAUAAAACUUAGCAUGUCUUGUAUUCCUCGCACGUGCUCCACUUCACCGCUGGACGGCGAAGUGCUUGCCAUACCUUAUCUUUCGGCCUGAUUGCCGGCCGGUGCAAGCCUGUGUCGAGGAGCCACUUCGGCAGGCAUAAAUAGCGGUGGAAUG